UGCCCUCUUUUCAGGAAACAUAUUACUAUUAUAUAUGUCGCGUUUAACUCCUGUAUCACAAACAUAGUAUGCCCACUACUAAUAGUCAUAUCUCUUGUAUUUAGCUUGCAUUAGUAUUUACUGUAGUCUGCAGUCCUGGUCCAAAAUGUGCACCCACCUUCAUUUUAGCGAAAUGGUAUCUUUUUGCGUGCGAUAAAUGAGGAUAAAUGAUCUCUCCGGCUCUCCCCGGAUAUGACUUCGCGUCCAAAAUUUUUACCUUCUGCGUGUACUUCUAGCCUUAAUACGCAUUUACCACUAUCUGGAUCGGAGACAUGGACUCCCCUCAUCGAUUGUCCUGCCAAUUUUCCCGAGGAACUAUUUGAUACUGCCCUAUCGCAACUCAUCCACCAUCCGGAAUACAACUCGACUUUGAUUCUACGUUCGGAGACCGUCUCAGAUAGCACCGAUCCCCAUGGAUUCUCUCCAUCAAUACCUACAAUAGACAAUCUUCAUCAAAAUCGGUGUAUUCAUCGAAAACUGCUCCCUCGACGACCAGGGCGAGAUGCAAGCUUGGAGCAGUAUUGCACCUUGUACAAAACUUCUUCAAGCGCUUCACAUAGUGUGCUGGUUCUGACUCCAAUAACUUCUGAAAACAACCCUUUGCCGUACUACCAUCCAAGGGUAUUUCAUCUGGCGUUCAGGUAUUUGGAUCCAUCGCUACCGCACGAUGUCAAAACAGAUUCGGGGAUCCUUCGUAUAGAGGUGGUCCCACUACCCGGGACACCUCUAGACCAAAAUUCAAGGCUUUUUCGUACCUGUUUGGCUCUUCUCGAUACUCUUCACCGAUAUGGAUGGGGUGCUAUGACGAAUUAUCAGAAGCGGGUCAUUCAUGAUAUGUUAAUCCCUCGAGAACAUUAUCAGGAUUUAUAUCUUGUUAUGCGAGAAAGACAUAAAGGCUUGGUCGAUACUUGGCAGGAAGUUACAGAUCCACUAAAACACGUUUUUGAGGAUAUUGGGAUCGCUACUUAUCUUAUGCUUCUCUGGAAGAUUACCUUUGGAAAUCAAGAGGUUGAAGAGACCAACUUUCAGACUGGGGAGCCUUGGAAGAGAUGGCCACGCCCUCCCGCAGGAUUUGUCGACCUCGGGUGCGGAAACGGUCUCUUGACCCAUAUCCUAAUCUCAGAAGGUUACGAAGGUCAUGGAAUUGACCUUCGCGAAAGGAUGUCCUGGAAAUCUUAUCCUUCAAAUACCCAGAACCGUUUGCACGUUCACGUUUUCAACCCUCUCGAUUUCUCUUUCGACAAGAAUCCAGUCUUCUUGCCAUCGGGCGUUUUCAUCAUUGCCAACCAUGCUGACGAGCUGACGCCCUGGACGCCGGUUCUCUCAACACUCUGCUCCGCUUCGGGAUACCUGUCAAUUCCUUGUUGCGCUUGGGAUUUUGAUGCUCGUUAUGAACGCUCUGCUACGACAAUGUUUCCGAUUCCCAAAACGAACUCAGUCUUAGAUACUGACACGGAUUUAGAGAGAAUUUCCAUGAAUAAUUUCAUCAAAACGUUGAACCUCGGUGGCGACGGGAGCAACACGAGUGGUUAUUCGAUGUAUAGAAUAUGGCUGGCGACGCUGAGUGUUUAUACUGGAUGGGAGGUGGAAUGCGAGACAUUGAGGAUUCCGAGUACGAGAAAUUGGGCGAUUAUAGGUAUGUGGCGUAAACGAUCUCGGGCUGUACCUCAAGAGGAAGCGCUGAAGAAUGCGGAGGAGAUCAUAUGGAAUGUGAAGGAGCGGGCGGUGUUCAAGCCUAGAAAACCUGAAGGAAAGGGUGAUGGGCAUUAG